CUCAGUUCAAGUUCAUUAAUCCUAAGCAACCACUUUUCCCAAAACCCCAUUAUUUUUUGAUAUGCCAAGUAGAAUCCAAAAGAUUCAAGUUAUGCUAAAAUAUUUCAGUUCCUAUAAAAAAUCGCCUUUUCCCUUUCAUUUUCUCUCAAGAUCUUCCACUUUCUUCUCAACCAAACACCCUUCACCCCUUAAACCCUCCAAAACCCCACCACCCUUGCCUCCAAAAACCCUUUCCAAUCCAAUAAUCCCCACAGCCAAGACCCAUCUUUACGCCUCAUUUUUCUUCACUCUAAUCCAGUUAUACUUAACAUGUGGAAGAUAUUCGCAUGCCAAGGAGACAUUUUUAAACAUGAGGAAACAUGGUGUUAUUCCCGUUUUGUUCCUGUGGAAUCGCCUUAUUUAUAGUUUCAAUGCCUCUGGUUUGGUUUCUGAGGUAAUGCUACUUUACUCCGAGAUGAUAGCCUGUGGGGUUUUUCCGAAUGUUUUCACUGUAAAUGUUUUGGUUCAUUCUUUAGUGAAAGUUGGUAAUUUGAGCUUUUCCUUGGAGUUGCUUAGAAGUUUUGGUGCCAAGAACAUUGUUGACACUGUUACUUAUAAUACUUUGAUUUGGGGUUUUUGUGAGCAAGGUUUGGCUUAUCAAGGUUUCGUUUUUUUGUCGGAAAUGAUCAAAAAAUGUAUAUCUUUUGAUGCUUUUUCUUGUAAUAUAGUUGUGAAGGGGUUUUGUGGAAUUGGAUUGGUUAGAUAUGGAGAGUGGGUUAUGUAUAAUUUGACUACCGGUGGUAUUUGUAAGGAUGUUAUAGGGUUCAACAUAUUGAUUGAUGGAUAUUGUAAGAGUGGAGAUAUGAAUUAUGCGGUCGAUUUGAUGGAUAGGAUGAGAAGGGAAGGUUUAGUUCCUGAUAUCAUUAGUUAUAAUACUUUGAUAAAUGGAUUUUGCGAAAGAGGUGAUUUCUUUAUGGCUAAAAGUUUAAUCCAUGAGAUUUUGGGGUCACGUAGGAAGGAAGAUUUUAAGAUUUUGGCUGAUAAUGGUAAUCAAAAGGAGCUAGAUAACGAUGUGGUAUUGGAACCGAACCUUAUUACGCACACCACGCUUAUAAGUGCCUAUUGUAAGCAAGAAGGGCUUGAGGAAGCACUUUCUUUGUAUGAAGAAAUGGUUGCGAAGGGGAUUUUGCCUGAUGUUAUUACUUAUAGUUCAAUCAUAAAUGGCCUCUGCAAGCAUGGGAAGUUAGCUGAAGUGAAAAUGCUUAUGAUGGAGAUGGAGAAGAUGGGUGUGGAUCCCAAUCAUGUCUCUUAUGCUACUCUUAUAGACACAUUCUUCAAAGCAGGGAGUUCUAUGGAUGCUUUUGCCCUUCAAAGUGUAAUGGUUGUUCGUAGCAUUGUCUUUGAUGUUGUUGUGUACACUAUACUGAUGGAUGGACUUUUUAAGGCUGGGAAGCCAAAAGAGGCAGAAAGCAUUUUUAUUACUCUUUUAAAGCACAAAUUGGUGCCUAAUUUGAUCACCUAUUCUGCUUUGAUUGAUGGUCGUUGCAAAUUGGGAGACAUAACUGGUGCAGAAUCUGCAUUUGAAGAAAUGAAGGAAAAAAAUGUUGUUCCUAAUGUCGUGACUUAUUCUUCUAUCAUAAACAGCUAUGUCAGGAAAGAAAUGCUUGAUGAAGCUGUUAACAUUAUGCGGAAGAUGGUAGGCGAAAAUAUAAUACCAAAUGUAUAUGUUUAUGCUGCACUAAUUGAUGGAUAUUUCAAGGCAGGUAAAGAAACAGUUGCUCUUGAUCUCUAUAACGAAAUGAAAUUAAUAGGGUUAGAGGAAAACACUUUUAUACUAGAUGCUUUUGUGAACAACAUGAAAAGAUCUGGAAGGAUGUGGGAAGCGGUUGAAUUAGCUAAAGAUAUGAUGUCUAGGGGUUUGUCACUUGAUCAUGUAAACUAUACAUCUUUGAUGGAUGGUUUUUUCAAAGAUGGAAAGGAGUCGGCUGGUCUUACCGUGGCCCAGGAAAUGACAGAGAAAAAUAUACCAUUUGAUGUUGUUGCAUACAAUGUCUUAAUUAAUGGUCUUUUGAAGCUUGGUAAAUACGAGGCGCAAUCUGUUUAUGCCAGGAUGAGAGAGUUGGAUCUGUCCCCGGACCUCAUUACAUGCAAUACGAUGAUUAAUGCAUACUGCAAAGAGAGUAAGUUUGAAGAUGCGCUAAACUUCUGGGAUGACAUGCAGAAUUGUGGGUUAAUGCCAAACUCCAUCACUUGUAACAUUCUCAUCAGAGGUCUUUGUAAAGCUGGUGAAAUUGAUAAAGCUCUGAACGUAUUGAACGAGAUGCGGAUUUUAGGCCUUUCACCUACCACUGCCAUUCACAGAUUUCUGCUUGAUGCAUCCUCGAAGAAUAGAAGGGCUGAUGACAUUUUGCUAAUGCAUGAACAUCUUGUUUCUGUGGGGCUUGAACUUAACCAGGCAGUUUUCAACACUCUCAUCACUGUCUUAUGCAGACUAGGGAUGACACUGAAAGCUGUAUCAGUUUUAGAAGAUAUGACAGGAAGAGGCUUUUCAACUGACACAGUAACUUACAAUGCUCUUAUGCAUGGAUAUUGCACAGGCAGCCAUGUAAAGAAAGCUUUUGCUAUAUAUUCUCAGAUGUUAGCGAAAGGAGUUUCACCAAAUAUUGCCACUUACAAUAUUCUUCUGAAAGGUCUCUCGUCUGCUGGUUUGAUGAAUGAAGCAGAUGAAUUAUUUCUCGAAAUUAAGGAAAAAGGUUUGAACCCUAAUGCGUCAACAUAUGGUACGUUGAUAUCUGGGCAUGGUAAGAUUGGAAAUAAUAAGGAAUCUGUGAAAGUUUAUUGUGAAAUGAUUACCGAAGGAUUUGUUCCAACAACUAGCACCUACAAUGUGCUUAUCAACGGUUUUUCUAAGGUAGGAAAAAUGGUCCAAGCUCGAGAGCUUCUUAAGGAGAUGCAAUUGAGGGGAUCGUUGCCUAAUUCCUCGACUUAUGACAUACUAAUCUCUGGUUGGUGUGAGCUCUCUAAUCAGCCAGAGCUGGACAGGGCCUCCAAAAUGUCGUGCCUAACCGAGGUGAAAAAUUUGCUUUUGGAAAUGAAUGAUAAACAGCUUAUACCGAGUGAAACUACUGUUUACAACAUCAAUUCUAUCUUUGCAAAACGAGGAAAGAAAUUUGGUGCUCUGCUGAUCUUCAUUAGCUCUUCCUUCGGAAACCUGGCUUCACUUCUUUUUGCAAGACUGUGAUGAGAAGAGAGUAUUGGCAGUUGGUUUCAGCAUCAGGCAAUCAGGGUUCAGAAGCAAGAUUCGAUGCUUCAUUUUUCUGAUGGAUUAGCAAAGAUGGCAUUCCUUCGGAGAACAGCACCAAUAUUGAGUAAUAAGCAUGCACGCACACUUAAGUUGUUUUUUAC